AUGCUUCACAAAAAGUGCAAUAAGGAUUUAGCACCUUUCACUCCACCAGAUAUCAACAACCCACCGCUUUGCAUUCCAUUAAAAUCUUUGGAUGAUAGAUAUCAAGUAGUUGAAGAAUUAGGUAAUGGAUCUUUUGGGUCGGUUUCUUUGGCAAAGGCUCAAUUCGACGUAGCCUUGGUUCAAUCGGAUGGAGGUAAACAACAUCAAUUGGUUAAAGAUACUUUAAUGAAUCAGAGUGGUACCGAAAGUGAUAAUUCUAACAAUAAAGAACAAGGUAUUGUAGCUAUUAAAACGAUGAUGACAAGAUUACCAACUUUACAUGACUAUACAAGAGUCCGUGAAGUUAAGUUUAUAUUAUCAAUUCCUGCAAACAAACACUUAAUUCAAAUAUUUGAAAUGUUUGUGGAUUCAAGGGCUUAUCAAUUACACAUUGUAAUGGAAUGUAUGGAACAGAAUUUAUAUCAAAUGAUGCGCCAUAGAAGACGCCGUGUUUUCAGCAUUCCAUCGUUGAAGUCAAUCUUGGCUCAAAUAUUAGCUGGUAUUAGACAUAUUCAUGAUCAAAAUUUCUUCCAUAGAGAUGUGAAACCUGAAAAUAUUUUAAUAUCACCAAGUACUCGUUAUUUCGACAAGAAUUGGUUAUCACAAGGUAAUUACACGGAUAAUUAUAUUGUCAAAUUAGCGGACUUUGGAUUAGCUAGACACACAGGCAAUAAGAAUCCAUAUACUGCUUACGUUUCCACACGUUGGUAUCGUUCACCAGAAAUUCUUUUGCGCAGUGGUUAUUAUUCAAAACCAUUAGACAUUUGGGCAUUUGGCUGUGUUGCUUUAGAAGUUACAAUUUUCAAACCACUAUUCCCCGGUUCAAAUGAAAUGGAUCAAAUUUGGAAAAUCUUAGAGGUGUUGGGAACUCCACAUAGGACAAGAGAAUCCGAGAAGACAGGUUAUAAAUCCCAUGGCGGCAGUUGGGAAGAUGCCAAGAUUUUAGCUCAAAGACUAAACAUGAAAUUCCCAUAUGUGGAAGGUACUGGUUUAGAAAAUUUCAUCUCUAGUGUUCAAUUGCAGCCACUAACCAACGUGAUUAAAGCUUGUCUAAGGUGGGAUCCAAACCAAAGAGCAACAGCCCAAGAUUUAUGUAUGAUGCCAUUUUUCCAAGGUACUAUAGCUCCUGAAGAAUUUGUUACUGCAACCAGAUCCAAAGAAAUAACAACAGCGGCAACAACGUCGACUUCGGCGGCUAAUCAUGAAAAGAAACCACGUACAACAAAUACAGAACAAGCGUUAAUUUUUGCUGGCAUCAAAUCCCAUGCGAGGGCUGGUCCUUCACCAACGAAUGGAAAUGGGUAUCAUACAAGACAACUAAUCUUUCAUUCAGAGGGUUUAACAGAAGCUCAACAACGUCAGUUUAAGGAGAAUAACAAUGUGAGCUUCCAUGGGGAAAUUGGUGGUAGUAAAGAUUUUGAAGACGUAGAGAUCGUUGAAGAAGAAGUGGCAGGAUUGGAAGAACAAGAAUCACCGUUCGAUAAUCCAUUAGGUGAUUUUCUUACGGAUGAUGUUGAUAGUCAUACUCCAGGAGAGUUAGUAGAUACCGAUUCAACAAUUUCAGAGGAUGAUGAUAAUCAAGACGAAAUAGAUAUUUCACAUGAAAUCACACAAAACAUCGCAUUUUGUGAAAUCCCUCCACCACCAACGUUUGAAAAUGGACAGUUCGUUUCCGCUAGCGAUAAUAGUCGUAGAAGUGAUAAAUUACCAAACGAUGCGAACAAUAAUGCCAAACAAUUAGCUGAUGAAAUUGAAGCGUUUAACAAACAAGAUCCAGAUUUUUACUCACAAUAUUAUUCUUCUACAAAUACGAUGCCCACUACGAUGACUUCUAACGUUGCUAGUAAUAAAAACGAUAACCACAUACCAUUCACAGAAACCUUAAAUUAUGUGCAUUACAAUAGCAACAAUAAUCACCAACCAACGAGUCCCGCUACGAGUGCGGGAGGCGAUAGUACUACAACCCCUCAAGAAACAAACAAUAAUAAACACCAGACGCAUAGCUCUUUACAGCCGGUUAACAAGCUACUGGAUAAUAUGUCUAUUGAUGAUUCGUUCAGCAACAGUAGCAAUAACGUCAACUUAAUACCAAGAAGCUUCAUGUUACCGCCACAAAAUGAUUUCGAAGAUCCCAUUUUCCAAUUACAUCAGCCACAACAACAAUCAAACCAACAGCACAAUUUCAAUCAACACUUUGGAAAUGUGACAUUCUAG